AUGAAUUUUCCUCAUUUUAAAUCACAAAUUAAAAGUACUAAAGACAUGAUGAAUGAACAAUCAAUGCUUCCUAAAUUUUGUGGUAAAAACUACGCAGUUUGUUCCCGACAAAAUCUUAAAUAUUUUCGUUUUGAGCUUGAUGUCAAUAUUGUCAAUGCAGAUGUUAAUGCUCAGAAUGUUCAAAAUAAAGAAUUAAAUAAAAGAAAUUAA